CCAUCUCUAAGUUAUAUUGGAUGUGUCCCAAGGAGAGUUGCUCGAACUGCGUAGCUGACGGGAGCACAUUCAUAAAUCGUCAGAUUUAUCCAUGGUUUUUUCACAAUGAGCUUCUCAGUUUGGACGUUGGUGCUCCUGAUCACGGCAGCUGCAGUUGACGGCGCAUCCCAAUGUCGUAAGAACUGGCAGCAGUAUAGUACGGCUUGCUACUAUCUCAACAGUGAUACACUGACAUGGGGGAAUGCUCAGGCUUACUGCGAGACUCAGGGCGGUCAUCUGGCCAGUAUUGCAGAUAGCGGUGUUAACAGCCACAUUGCGAGCGUUAUGAGUGGCUACUCGAAGGCACAUAUCGGUAUUACAGACACUGAGAGUGACGGAACUUGGGCUUGGUGGGAUGGUAGCUCGUUGAGUUAUACCAACUGGAACUCUGGAGAACCAAAUGGAAACUUUGCGACCAACUGUGGAGGGAUGUACUCCAGUGGAACAUGGGAUGAUUAUCCCUGUACCACCAGUAUGGUCAGCGUCUGCAGGGCACCGAUACAGUACACUGCAACCAAGACCGGUUGCGCCUGUCCUUACGAUACGGCCCGUACGGACUGUGCGUGCUGUGUGACGGGUGGAACACAUUGUGGUUACCUAUACCCCAACGAGUGUUACUACUCCAGUUCCUCAGAGUGUGGAACUGAUGCUAACGACCCCAUCGAUGAUUGGCAGCUUGUAAUGAAGGUGAUACGAGGAUCGAGCAUUAACGUGUAUGACUUGUAUACGGGAGCAUCGACUUAUAAUGACGGCUCGACCACGGCUAACAUUCUCACAUCGACAUCGGAAACAUACAAGAGUUCUGAAGCAAAUAGCUACGAUACCAGCUCCCUGGAACAGAUCAAGUUUGCUUACUACUCCAGUGGUGUCGAGAUGCGGAGUCUGACAUUCGACACCUCCGGAACUAGUCGUACGACUUGGUUUCAUACCAACUACAUCAGCUACGCACCUUACUCUGACAUCUACACGGAUACCAAGAACUACGAAUCUAUGGCAGGUUCCGGCACUAGUGGACAGCGCAGAUUCUUCAUCAAUCGUCACUACGGUGGUUGCUCGGUCGAUGCUGGUUGGGUCGUGGUCAUUGACUACGGUAGUAACCAUGGAUGUAGUUGGGAUGGAUACUACGGUACACCUUUCUUCAUCUACAGUGCUGCCUCGACAUAUCAGACAUGGGACUCGGGAAGUAGAGGUUUUCCUGACACGGUUGCAUUUCUUCACAAAUAUAACGAUGAUGGUACAAGUGACCAGGAUCUGUGUGACGCUGGAUGGACACGCAACGGUAAUGCAUGCUACCAACUAGUGGAAUCUACCGUCGACUAUACUACAGCCCUUGAUGCGUGCAGAGAUCUCAAUGACUACGGUGAUCUGGCAAGCGUAGCUGAUCAAGACGAAAGCAACUUUCUUCUCGUACUAUCGAGACGUACCUUUGGUACGAAUUCUUACUGGAUUGGGUUCAAUGACCUCGAUGAAGAGGGAACUUGGGCCUGGACUGAUGGCUCAGUUACAUCAUAUACCAACUGGUAUUCUGGUGAACCGUCUGGUGGCUUGGAACAUUGUGGUGUAUUACGAUGGAGUUCAGACGGUACGUGGAAUGAUGCAGCCUGCUCGUCAACAUACGGCUACAUCUGUAAAUACCCGCUCAACACCAUAUCCUGUGCUGAAUGGAAGCGUAAAGGCUACACAUCUAAUGGAUACUACACAAUAGAUCCUGAUGGGAGAAAUAACGGAGUCGAGCCAUACAGAGUAUACUGUGAUAUGACUACGGAUGCUAGCACAGGUAUCACGACGUUUGAGCACCAGGAGGCAUAUCGAUCUUUGGUAACAGGUGCAGAGACGGCUCGUAGUUUCAUCCGAUCCAUUAGAUAUGGUGAUAAGUCGGCUGAUCAAGUGGCUAUGGGUGCAGAUAUCAGCGCAGAGUGCUCCCAAUUUAUCAAGUACGAAUGCCAUGGUUCCUAUAUGACUGGCUAUACUUCUUGGUAUGACAGAGACGGAAACCUGAAGAACUACUGGGGUGGAGCCACGGUAGACGGCGGACAGUGCGCUUGUGGAAGCUCAGGUUCAUGUACCAACGGUCACCACUGCAACUGCAAUACCAACGACAAUAACUGGAGAGAGGACUCGGGGUAUCUUACCGAUAAGACUACCUUACCGGUCACUGAAAUGAGGUUUGGUGAUACAGGAGACGCCAGCGAGUCAGGGUACUAUACACUAGAACCCCUUUACUGCAAGGGAGAUGAAUCUUACAUCGUCACUGACCGUACAGAUUUCAUGUUAAUCAGAGAGAGCCAUCUAUCGGGUUAUAACAAUGAAUAUCAGUCAGGUCUCACCGUCAACGAGUGCGUCGCAGCUUGCGCGGCCGCUACGACCUUCGUAUGUCUCUCUUGCGACUUUCAUCCAUCGGAUGGCGGCUGCUAUUUGAGCGAAGAGAAUGAUCAAACCGUCACCAUCAGCAGCGGGGCUGAAUACCACCUCCUUGUCCGAAUCAUGGACCGAAUGGUAAAUCCUUUUGAAGAGACGUCAAGCUGUUCUGAAGGCUGGACAGAGUAUGGCUCAAAUUGCUUUCUACCGGUCCUUACCAGUUUAAGCUGGUUAGAUGCAGAAACCGCUUGUCAGGGAGAAGGAGGUCAUUUAGCGGUUCUGGAUGACGUGGAUGAAUAUAGCUUUAUGAGGAAAACUCUUCGAUGGUCUCAAGCAGACUCGAGCGACUUCUGGCUUGGAUAUAACGAUAUUAGUGAAGAAGGUACAUGGGUAGAUGCAGAAGGGAACACUCCAUCUUACGCGCCCUGGAAGAGCGGUGAACCUAACGGUGGUAUCGGUGAGAAUGGAGGUAUGAUGUAUGGCGACGAGACGACAGAAAUCAUUGAUGCCGCUGUCGAGAAUACACGCUACUAUGUCUGCAAAGCUAGUCCUGGAGCUGAAGCAAUCGCUCAGCCCACCACACAUUCUCUCUGCAGCGACGGCUGGGCCUGGGAUGAUCAUAGCUGCUACCUCUUUGGAACAGAUACCAGGUCCUGGACCGAUGCGCAGGACUAUUGUCAGUCCCAGGGGGCGGAUCUUGUAACCAUAGAGUCAGACAGGGAGUUCAACUUCUUGGUCGACUAUUACCGUUAUCGGUACUCAACUAGGCAAUUCUGGAUCGGGCUGACAUAUCGCUCGUCUGACGGAUUCUAUCAUUAUGAGACGGAGCACUUCAUGGAGCCAGCGAGUAGUAGUUACUGGUUGAGUGGCCAACCAGACGGGGCAGGAUCAGGGGAAGACUGUGUGGAGCUUUACACCUCUCAGAGUCUCAACGACCGGGCAUGCUCGACCACUAACUAUUACAUCUGCGAACAAGAUACACAUCCGACAUCAUAUCCAAGCGACUUUUCAUCAGAGACAGCUGGUACCAAUGCUAUCGCAUUCACCUGGGGAAGCGUCCCUCAAUCUGUCCAGAACUCUGAUGUCAAUGCUAUCACCAUCAACUAUUGGCCCAUAAAUGAACAGAGUAGCAAUACGCAGUCUAUCAGCCUCGAUUCGACGGCAUCGUCUCAUUACAUGACGGGAUUGAGACCGGGGAGGACGUAUGAGUUCGUUAUCUUCGUUAGUAAUGACAACGGUGACGGUCCCCUGAGCGAUCCUCCCGUCAAUGCAACGUUGGAGUCGUCCCUAACCCGAACCCCGAUGAGAGAAAGUCAGUCUACGUUCUCCAGAAGGGGUAUCGCCUCACUAACCACUACCUCUACCAGCUGGACGCCUACAGCCUGGCUGACUGUACAAACCACUGCACCAGGGAGAGCAACUGUCUGUCCAUUAACUAUCAUCGUACUUCACCAGGCUCUUUGAAACCAUGUUUCCUGAACAGCAACACACAUACAGACAACGCAGAUGACUUUGUUUCCGAUCUCGAUUACACGUAUGCCGGUAUCGAUGGAUUUUAGAUCGGUCUGUUGGCGCGGGAAAAAAAGCGAUGCCAAAGAAAAUUGUUUUACAAAUUUUCCAUUGUGACAUGAUUGUAUAUAUAUAAAUACUGAGUUGUAUGGACAAGACAAAUGAAGAGUCACGCGUUUUAACGGGAUAUCUAAAAUGAAGUAUCGACUGUAUAAUUAGUAGCGUGAUAAUACACUAGAAAACAAAUACCAGUAAUACACAUAGUUAAAUCCAACCAAGAUCUCGUGUUGCGGUCAUUCAAAUAGGGUUGAAGAAAACUUACGAUAGAAAUUUUAUAUUUGUAAAUAUUGCUGAAAAUUAGAUAUGUAUAUAUUUUGGAUUUAUUGAUUUUGGUUGUAGAAAAUUUAGUAUGUGCAAAUAACCAAAUAAAACAAACGAAAAACAUA